GAAAAACAUCUGGGAGAAACUCAACAAUAAACCAGUGAUUUACACCAAUUAGAUAAUUCCAACAGGACAAAUUCUGGGUCAAGCGCCCGCCUGCCCUCCUACGCUCCCUGUCAGGCUCAGGUGAGUUGGAUAGUCUGUUGGCAAGUAACGGGUUAGUGUCUGUCUCCCCCUACACCUCGUCUCAUCCCUUCACCCCCCCUUAAUCUCAGAGGGCUAUAUAUUGGAGGUCGUGACUCGUCUGCAUCUUAAGCAUCACUUGCACCCACAGACACUCGCAGACAUACAGACACAGACGGGUCUGGUUCAUUUUGAGCGACGGCACAGACGAAGAGCAGACUCUGGCGAUGAGGUCCCUGCUGAAGCUAGUUGUGAUUCUGUUUUGCGUCCCGAGGGGAGAGAGCCACUGGCUGAGAUCACUGAUUGAUCAGAAACAAGAAACAGCAACUCCACACACAUCACUUAAUGAGGACAGAAGAAGCAGAUAUCCAGCUGAAGAAGAAGCCUCAGGUGUCGGGUCAUCAUCCAAUCCUGUCAUCCCGAUCCCAGUCCGGUCACGCCGCUCAACUCUGGACUCCCAGUGCGGCCUGCGCUCCAUCCUGCUCCAGGUUCGAGACCUCGGGCUGGGUUAUGACUCUGAUGAGACUGUCCUCUUCAAGUACUGCAGCGGAACGUGUCCCAGGGUUCGCUCCAACCAUGACCUCACCCUCACUAACCUGCUGCUCAGUGGGGUACUCCCCCUCCCAGCACCAGGAGAGCUGUGGCACAACGCACCCUGCUGCAGGCCCACCCACCAUGAGGACAUGGCCUUCCUCGAUAACUUGCACCGCUGGCACAAGGUGGAGAAGCUGUCAGCUGCAGGCUGCAGCUGUGUCGGCUAGAUGACUGAGAGUAGAUGGGUGGAGGGGGGAGGUGAGAGGGUAGGGGGCUGAAUGUACCCCGGUGAAGGGGGAGGUAAGAAGGUAUGGAUGCAUGUUUGUUAGGAUGCAGUGAUUCUUAGCGGAAAGGUCUGCUGGCAGGUUCCCUGGUGAAGUCUGUAAAUGAGGAGUUUAAUUCAAAAAUGACAUUUCAUUGAGGAAGCUGAAGCCUAUUCUCAUGAAGUUAUUUAUGUCAAAAUCAGUGAGCAUAAACUUAAGCUAUUUUCCCUAUCACCUUUAGGUGAAAACUUCAUAAAUUCAAUUUUGUUGAUUUAAAUGUUUUGACUUAAACUGGUGAUCUCAUGGGCCUCAGUUGGAUUACAAUUUUAUUACAUUUGGCUCAUGCAAGCUUUAAGAAACUAUUCUGAUGGCAGUCAAGCUAAAAAAAAUCAGGCUGCUUUUCUUAGUUCAUGAAGAGUCUGCAUUUGAGAAAAGGGAUUGUUCAUGAUACCAGCAAUAAAUACAUAUGUGGAAUUACAAGCUCUUCAAAUGUAAAUACUUUUUUUUUUUUUUUUUUUAUAAACCAAGGCAUUGCUUAGGCUGAUUUUGCCCUAUUGUUUCACUUAAUUUCAAAGUCACACAGUGUUAGAAAAAGGGAAGAACAAAGACAUGAUUCUACUACAAACUACUUGACUAAUUUUGUAAAUAAGCUGAAAUGUAUUUAUUUUAAAUCCUCAGUGCAGUUUUGGGGUUGACAAUUGAAGGGAUCAUAUGUACGAAGCUGCAUAGAUACACCGGUAACGCAGCUGAGUGAGUUCUUUACAAUUCAGACUUAUUCAUCAAAGGUCCAGCCACAGUUUAAAAUGUAUUUAUGUAAGAUAAGUUAUUUAUUUAUUUGAUGUCAUUAUGUUUUCAUGCUAAUUAAUUUAUUUUGUAAUGUGCUCAUCUUUAUGGUCAUGCUGUGUACAGUUCCUAAUAAAGAUAAUCUUGUACCAAAGUAA